AUGAUUUCAACAAUAGGUUCUACAACACUUCAAACAACAACUUCACCAAACUCUUUAGUUAUGAAUCCAACAUCUAUGUUAGUAGAGAUGAAAAGCUUCAUUCCUUCUUCAUAUACUUUUGAGACAGAAAUCCAGAAGAUAAAGCAAGAACUUUUAACAAGUACUUUGGACUGUUGUGCGAAAGAUGAACAAAAUGAAAAGUAUCUUUAUGACAUGCAGGACAUUAUUGACCAUUUACCCAAAUUGCCUGAAAUCCAACAACAAAAGCUCACUAUUCAUGAAUUCGAUGAAAUAGAAGUGAAACCAACUGACUCAGUAGAAAUAAAGAAGUUCAUACGUAAAGUAAACUAUGAGUUUCUAGGAUAUCAUUGCAACCAUAAAGUUAUGGACAAAGAUUGCGACAUGGUAUAUAAGAACAUCUCUGACAUAUAUAAAUCUGAAGAAUUUAAGACCUACGACAACUUUGUUUCGUUAG